GGCGGCUUGGGUAAAAACAAGGAAGGUUCGCUUUAAAUAUUAUUCAUGAGUCCUACAGAUACGUUUUGAGCGCUUUUUCUUUCACUUUCAAUUUAAGUGGGGAAGGAUUAUUUGGUUUCUCGUAUUUCGCCGGAGAUGUUUGGAAAAAAUUAGUGGAAGGAUCGAUAUGACCUGAUUAAUGGGCCAUUCCAGGUUCGCGGAUUGAAAAGUUUCUAUUGAACAGAACUUGCCAUCUUCGAUAUGCCUGCCCUGGUGGCUUUCAAUCGCCGAUGGCGUAUUGGCAGCGAUGACUUGUUUUUCCCAGCAGCGAUAGGAGUUAUAGUUAGACUAGUUUGGUUGGCUGUGAUAUCCAUGACAUAUGGCUUUGAGAAUGAUGAGAUCAGAGAUUGCAAUGCUUGGCUUGAAUUACAGUUGUUUUUUAUUGGAGUGAUUCUUCUAACCAGUUUGGUGAUUAUCAAUGAAAUUGCCAUUAUAUACAUCAGCAUGCAAGGAACUGUGACAAACUCCAGACCACGACAAUUUAUGCCAGUAUUACUCUAUAUCCAACUUGGACUGUAUUUGCCAGAGCUACUGUGGACAAUUCUUGGCACAUAUUGGGCAGUGAAGAAUGGCUCCAGUUGUCAGCCAAGCUUGGUUAUUGCUGUGUGUGUUUCAGUGACUCUGGAAUGGCUUAUCUUACUUGUUGUUCUUAUUGGUGUUUUGGUGUUGUUUGAUCCACUGGGAACAAUCCACAAGGAUCCAUUUGGAAGGGAGUUUUCACCUGUCAUGCAAGAAUCAACAAAAGAGCUUUGGGAGAAGAGAUGCCGUUGGUUGUGUUGCUUCUUUACUGGCAGAGAUGAUCAGUACCUCAGUGCAGUGUCAGACAUUGCAGAUAUUUUAGCCUCUGGAUUGCAUGGGGUGGACAUUGUUGCUUCUGAUGUUGCUGUUGGCCUCAUUCUUCUUCAAGAAGAACAAGAUCAUGAGCAGAUGGAAAGAAAGAUAAAAGGAGAGAAUCUUCAGAAAGGGACUCUUGUGAAUCUUAGUGAUCCUACAGAGAAAUCCCUGGUACAGGAUGCGGCUCAUUUCAUGCAGUUUGCUCUGGGUUCCUACGGUUGGCCUCUGUACAUGUUUAUGAAUCCCUGUGUUGGGCCUGGUAACCUUUGCAGUGGAAUGAGGUGUUGUGGAGGUUGCCGUCCAGUGGGAGAGCACAUUUUUGAAGACAACUGCUGUUAUUGUAACUCUGCUGGGCUAAAACUCCAAGCUCAUUUAGAGGAUAUCGAUUUGGUGUAUUGUUCAUACCACAACAAGAUUUACGAACCUCCUUUUUAUGUGGCAGUGGAUCACGAUUGUCAGGCAGUGGUGGUUUCCAUUCGUGGAUCUCUCUCUAUGCAGGAUGCUUUGACUGACCUGACCGGGCAGCAAGAGGAACUUAGAAUUGAAGGAACUGAAAUUACCUGUCAUGCGCAUAAGGGUAUUUUACUGUGUGCACGUUAUGUUAAGUCAAAACUAGAAAAGGAGGAACUGCUUCAGCGUGCUUUCUCGAGAGCUGGCGAGAAUUAUCGUCUCGUAAUCGUUGGUCAUUCUCUCGGUGCUGGAACUGCCUCGUUGUUGUCCGUUCUUCUCAAACCAACUUACCCUGAAUUGCUUUGUUUCGCUUACUCCAAUCCCAGCGUGCUCAGUGCUCUGGCCACUCCAUAUUGUGAAGAUUUUAUCAUUUCCGUUGUUCUUGGAAAGGACGUCGUUCCCAGAAUGGGAGUUAAAAGCGGGGAUGAGUUGCGUCAAGAUCUAGUGGCUGUUAUUAGUAAAUGCUCCCUUCCUAAGUACCGUGUUCUGAUGAGUGGCUGUUGGCAAGCGCUGUGUUUCUUUCUGGGUCCCAGUUUCAAAGCUGGACGAGGUGAAGAUUGGCAUUUUUUUUCUCGUUCUCGCCAGUACAGAUCAACUUCUAAUCAUCUUUUGUGGGAAUCUAACUUGACCCAACCUCUUCUAGAAGACAUGCAAGACGAAACUUCACUUCUGGCUCGUGGAGAGCCUUCCACUGGAUACUUUACUGAAGGCGAACUUGAAUCGACUCCGUCAUCAUCCUUGACACCAGUCUCCGCUGAGCAGCUAUUCCCGGCUGGAAAGAUAUUACAGAUCGACGAGAGGCCGUCUAUCAGGUUGGAAAGACCGCAAUAUGACGUCAUGUGGGCAGAUAAAGAGAACUACGUCAAACUUGUCAUCCAUCCCGGCAUGCUGAGUGAUCAUAUGCCUGAUCGUGUUAUGAAGGCACUAGGCGGGAUAUUGACACAAGAUACCACCGUUCAAGAAGUUUAAUGGAAAGGGUGUUUAUUACUUCUUGUUUGAGGAAGUACUGGCAUCACAACUGUGUUUGGUGUUGUAAAAAAUGUCUUUGUUCUUCUUGGUGAUCAUAAUGGGUGAAUGUUCAGUUGUUUGUACCACAGUGUGAAGUCAGUAUGAAUUGAAAAGUUACUACCAAGUGUUUAGCUUUGUAAUUUGUAUCAUUGGCUCGGAUGUGAAACAAAGCAAUAUAGCUUACGACUGCAAAAGAAAGAAUGAAGAUUCUCCUACGCGGGUCACUACCAUAUCUUACAAGAGGCUUGGUAGAUUAAGAGGUAUCCGUCCUUUUCGUCUAAGCCCGUGAUGAAAAACACCCGUGAUGUUAACUGCCGCACGGAACUCUUUUCGUUGACCUCACUUUCGGAGUUCCGCGCAGCACGCUAACAACCUAUUCACUGAUUUUAAUUAGACUCGCACGACAGACUUCGCCGAAAAGGAGGAAAAGCUCUUGGUUUAGAGGAGAGGGCGCACUUCUAUGCUUUUUUAUGAAAAUAGAACUGAUUAGGAAAGCAAAAUGUGUAUAAAGAAAGGGAGACCUCGUUUCGGCACAGGCUUUCUGCUGGGUAAUGUCUUUGACUAUGGUAUGCGUUAGAGAAAAAUUAGGGACUUUAAGCAAACCACGACGGCUACGGCAACGAGAACGUGGAAAAACAAUAUAUCUAAUUGACAGAA